CCAAGCUUCUUCUCUCAUUUCUCCAUCUCAAAUCUUAAAACUCGUUAUGGAUUCUCAGGACAUCAGGUCCCGUGCCGGAGACGCCGCAAUGGCUCAGACCGAGAGGAAACACGCCUCCGACGUAAACAACAAAGGGAAACGCGAUCAAAAGAGGGCGAUGGCUAAACGCGGUCUCAAAUCCCUGACGUUAGCUGUUGCAGCUCCUGUGCUCCUGACUCUCUUCGCAUCCUACUUCCUCGGGAAUCGGGCUCGGUCUUCCUCGUGGAUUCUACCUCUGUGGGUCCUUCACCUCAUGCGUCUCGCCUCGAGCGGUCUGAUGGGCUUGGCUGCGUGGCUCGUAUGGGUCGACGGUGGGUUCCACAAGAAGCCCAACGCUCUCUAUCUUUACUUGGCUCAGUUUGUGCUUUCUUUGACUACGUGCAUGGUCGGGUCGGGACUAGCAGGGCUUGCAGUGUGCUUGGGUCAGUCUGCGGCCUUGUUCGGAUGCUACAAGGCCUUUAAUGAGACCAGUCCGGUCGCUGGUAAUAUGGUAAAGCCGUGUUUGGCUUUUGCUGCGUUUGUAGCAGCCGUUAAUGUAAAGCUAGCAAUCGCGUAAAAAGCCAACGAUAGAUCAUAGAUGUGAUACUACGAUGUUGUGGAGUCGUAAUUAAUCGUAUUUUUUACAAGUGUUUUGUGAUAAUAUAUACUUAAACAUGUUAUCGUGAUCUAAUCUGUUAGUAUGUGCCCAUUGGGAAUUUAAUAUAUAUCAAGGUUGACAAAA